AUGGUUCCGGCGGCCUGCGUGUGUCGCUUCUGGUCCCGAGCGGCGGCCGCGCCGGUCCUGUGGCAGACGGUGGCGGUGGGGCACUGCUGGGCGGCCCCGGGGCAGAAGUGGGCGCCGGCGCAGCAGAAGAGGGCGCUGGGCACCCUGGAGUGGCUGGCGACCCACAGGUUCUCCCUCCUGCGCGACUUCUCGCUCAGCCACUGGAAGAGCCUCGUCCCGCCGGUGCUGCAGGCUCUGGCCGCCUCCUGCCCGCUCCUGGCCACACUGCGCCUGGGCCACUGCAGCGGGGUCACCGCCGAGCCCCUCUGCCUGCUGGCCACGUCCUGCCCGCGGCUGGUGAGCCUGAACCUGCAGGGGUCCCAGGUCGACCCCUGGGCUGUCACCGGCUUUCUGGAAACGGCCGGUGCCCGGAUGCAGCAGCUCUUCCUGACGUACAGCAGCCGCAUGAGUGCCAUCAUUGCUCUCCUGGUGGGUGGCUGCUGCCCGGACCUGCGCCUGCUGGAGGUGAAUGCCGAAAUCAAGCAAAGCACCCAGCAUUUCCAGCUGCCCAUUGAACAGCUCCAGGCUGCCUGCCCACAGCUGCAGGUGCUGCGACUGCUCAACGUCACCUACUACCCCAAGCCCCUCCCCGCCUCGUCCCCCCCGUCCCCGGGCUUCCCGCAGCUGGAGGAGCUGUGCCUGGCCACCACGGCCUUCUCCUUCGUGGACAACCACAUGCUGUGGCGGAUUCUGAGCACCUCCAGCCGGCUCCGGGUCCUCGACCUGCGCGGCUGCGUCCGAGUGACGCCCAAGGGGCUGGAGCAGCUGACCUGCCCAGAUCUGGAGCAGCUGUACCUGGGCCUGCACUACAGCGCCAGCCUCCUGUCCCGGCCUCUGGAAGGCAGCCCCCUCCUCACCUGGAAGUGGCGACACAGCCUGCGGGAGCUGGACUUGACCGGCCAGAGCUUCGGCGAGCAGGACCUGGAGCGGGCCAUGGCCGCCUUCACUCAGGGAGAGGACGAGGGAGGGGCACCGGUGCUGCGUUCCCUCAGCCUCACGGGGACCAAGAUUGCCCUGGGGACCGUCAGCGCCCUGAUUGCCAGCUGUCCUGCCCUCAGCUACCUCAACCUCUCGUCCUGCCGCCAUUUGCCCCGGGGCACCAAGAAGGCCUAUCGUGGCCCGGAUGAAAUCCGCCAGUGUUUGCACCAGCUCCUGAGCAGCUCGGAGGCGCCGGCAACUUAAGGGCUGCGAUUCUUGACCUCUGGGGCAGCCCUUAAGGCCGAGAGCCUCUUUCCCAAAGUUGCCACCUUGGGCACUGCCCGUUUUUUUUCUCCCAGGAUGGCUGAUCUGAUUGGUGCAGCCCCCCCCCAAGUGGGGUCUCCCCACAGCAUCAGGAAGACAAAUGUUGAAGCACCUUGACUCUUGGUUUUUUUGUACAUAUUUCUCUUUUCUAAUGUUUGUAGAUUCAAGUUCUGCCUGAUUAAAAGGAUUUUUCUGCA